AUGUGCUGCUUUUUGUUGUGCUACUCUUCAUUUACGAUUCCUCAGGUGCCGGCUGCACCAGGAAUCCAUGGUGGGAGUCAGUCACACGAGUACCAUCUGAAAAAUCCUUUGGACGAAGAUGGAAUACAUUUCUGCUCCAGCUGCGGAUCUGGUAGCAAAAGGGAAGACGGUCCACACGUGUGCGAAUGUGGUGAUCCCACCGCUGUGAGUACAUUCUCCACCGUUGAAGUCGCCCAUACUUUCCAACUCGACUUCUCGGCUGUUUCUUCCUUAAUUCCCGAAGGUGAAGAGCGAAUAUGCUUGCCCUCCGUCAUUGCUCCGUUUUCAGCCGCUGUUGUGGUCACAAAGCAAUUAUUGCAUAAUGUGAUCACUGAGCUGACACUGUCAUCAUUGGAUCGCCUUCUGAAAGGAGGCGUUCUACUCGAUGACCGAGUUGAGGAGAAUGUUGGCAAAAGAAUAAAGUCCUUGCAAGAGAUCGGCAUUCCUCGGAUUAUCGUCCUCGGGAAAACCACUCAAGACACCAUCAAUAAGAUUCCGAAGUUGGAAUUCAUUGCGCCGCCACAACAGAAUUUCCAACAUCCGUGGGAAAGCCGAGAGUUGUCACUGAAUGAGCUUAUGCAGGCGAUUGGAUAG